UGUAAAAAGAGGAAGAGCCAGUUAAAACGCGCUUGAACUUUCAUGAGUUGGGUACAGCUUUCUUACUGUAACAGAGUAAUAUCGUUAUUGUGACAAUGGAGAGGAGCUCAGGGACAGUGUCCGCCAUUAAAGCUUUAGGGUACCCGGGCAGCUCCUGCCUCUCCAGGUGUAACUGUGACGAGCUUCCCUGUCCGCUGCUCACCUGGCUGACUGAAGAGCUGAGGACUGUGUGUCCAGAGCUACAAGACUCAGACAUGACAGGUCACAUCUUGCUGGUGGGAGAGCUGAGAAAUGUACUGUCAAACAUGUGUUCUCCGCUCACUGUGCUGACCUCAGAGGUGCUGGAGCCAUCCAGCCUCAACAAAGUCACUGAGUUCCUUGUAUCAGAACUGCAAGCAGCUCGUAUAAUGAAGCAUAAAGAGACGCAUCCUGACGAGAAGACAACAGGAGAGGAGUCUGAAAAAGAGCAGCGAGUUGAAUAUCACAGCACUGAGCUUUGUCAGGAGUGUGAAAAUGAUGAUGACAAAGACAGAAGGAAGGCAGAGAUGCAGGCAGAGUGGACCUUACUGCUGCACGCCCUUGACAUGGAUUCCUCCGCUGAAUUUACAGAUGUGUUGAAAGAGGUGGAGUCGAGGCUCGCUCGUCUGCCAUCUGGAGACAUGACGAACCCGCUUCUUAACAAGAGCCUCAGCUCAGAGCAGUGGAUGAAAGUUAAAAAGAUCAAUCAACUUCUGACAGAGGACUAUCGGUGUCGGCGGGAAAUGAUGAUCAAGCGCUUCCAGGUUACACUUCAGUCGUUUGCAUGGGGAGAAAAACAAAAGGAGCGCAAUGAGGCGCUGGCCUCAGUGCCUCCUCUGUCAUCCCUCGCCAGCUCCUCCCGAGUCUCCCUGUCUCUUCUGAUCGCCGCCAGAGAGGAUCAGUCCUUCAUUGAGCCAAUCAAAGCUGGGGAAAGAACCCCCGUCUACAAGACGUUGAUGGGCAGCGUACCGGACAGAGGAGGGCGACCAGGGGAAAUUGAGCCACCUAUGCCAAGGUGGGAAGAUCGCAGAUCAAAAGGAAACAGAUCAGGACGAGGAGGCGGACACAACCAGCAGCGACGCAGAUUUUCAGAUAAAAAGAAGAAAGGGAAAAAAGAGUGAUGUUUUUCUCCCACUGCUUUAUCAGAGAAAUAAGUGAUCAUUUUUCUUUAUUUAAAUCCGUUUUAUGAAAUCAAAUAUGGCCGUUGAAUGCAACAUGUGAUCUAAUUUUAUAGUUCUAAAGAUGUGCAUAAUUCUCAGUUAUAGUACAUACUCAUACCUGAGUGUACUUUUCUAGAAAAGCUUAUGAUUGCUAUAAAGCACUGGUAUAUGACCGGAUAUUUUUGUAAUAUUUCUGUUGAGAAAAAUACUUUUUUUUUUAUAUAUAUAUAUAUGUUGGCUUUGCACAUUUAUAUAUAGCUAAAGAAUAAACCUAUUAAACACAGAAAUGUAUUGUUAUUUUGUAUAAUCUAAUGUACAAUGUUGCUUUUACGCUUAAGACAACCUAGAAAUACCUGUUUAAUUACCAACCACCGUUUAAUGUGACGCUCUUUCAGCCUCCCUGCUUCAGGAAGAUUGGGGCACUAAUUGGUGUGCAUAUUUUGUGUCUGAAAGAAAGCCUGAUCAGUGCUGGUGCUUCCUUUAGGUGCAUCAGUUUAUACAGGGAUACAUCUGUACUCUUAUUUCUAAUGCGUGUGUUUAGUGUUGCUUCUGCAACUUGAGGUCAUCCAGGUUCAUUCACCUGGUUCUCUCGCAUCUGCUGUCUCUCCUUCUCUGUCAUCUCGUCUCGCGCUUGUUUCUCCUCCAGAUGUUGCCACUGGAAUAUAACAACACAUACAUUUUGACUACAAUAAAGCCCUUUGUCUUUAAGCUUGAUAAUAAAAGGGUUCUUUUAAGGGAUGUCAGUGGUUUGAGUGGGUCAAAAGAAAUAAAAGCAAAAGUUUUUGUAUCCCGA